UGACAUGAUCACUGUCCUCCAUUUCACAUGGGCCAGCUGGAAGAAUAAGCAGCAUUUUCACCAGCUUUGAUUUCAGUUGGCUAAAAAUUCAGAUGCUGCAGCAUUACAUAGAUUCAACAGAAUGGAGUCCAGACAUGAUGUGGGUUUUGAAGAGCUGUGUCCAAUCUGUGGAGAUAAAGUGUCUGGGUAUCACUACGGACUACUCACCUGUGAAAGCUGCAAGGGAUUUUUCAAAAGAACGGUUCAAAACAACAAGAAGUACACAUGCAUGAACAAUCAGCAGUGCAGAAUUGAUAAAGCUCAGAGGAGACGCUGUCCAUUCUGCAGAUUUCAGAAGUGUCUUCAUGUUGGUAUGCGGCUGGAAGCUGUUCGAGCAGAUCGGAUGAGAGGUGGAAGGAACAAGUUUGGCCAUAUAUACAAGCAUGAUCGUGCCCUUAAGCAGCGGGGAAAGACUUUGAUACAAGCUAGAAGACUCAGACCAGACAGCAGCCCUGUUUGGGCCUCCUUACCCGAUCAGAGAGACUCGGCCUUUACUGGUGGCCCCCACCCAACUGCCAACCUACACAGCACCCCACUAACCACAGAUAAAUCACCACCACCAUCCUCACUUCUGCCCUCCAACUCACCUUUUGUCUCCCAGUACCAGUUCACCUACCCUUCCAACUUGGCCAUCAAGUCAGAGUACAGCAACAACUGGGCAAGUUCAACAGGCCCAAAUUCCACAAUCUGCAUUGAUUCAUAUGACCAGUACUCAAGAUAUUUCUCUGUGCAAGGUCCCAGGAUACCUCAGCUAGUGUUGGAGUUUCUCCACUGUGAUCCAGAUGAGCUGCAGCUGCGGAGUAAGAUCAUUGCUCGUCUCCAGCAGGAGCAGACUGGCUGGGAGACGUACAGGGACCCUGAAACUUUCAGCCUGAUGUGUACCAUUGCUGACCAGAUGUUGUGCUCCAUUGUAGAGUGGGCACGCACAUCCAUCUUCUUCAGACAACUAAAGGUUAGUGACCAGAUGAAGUUACUGCACCAUGGCUGGAGUGAACUAUUGCUCCUGGACAUCAUCUCCAGACAGAUCCUGUAUGGCAAAGAGGGCAGUCUGCUCCUGGUCACUGGGCAGGAGGUGGAGCUAUCAGAUAUAGUCUUUCAUGCUGGUCCUGCUUUGGCCAGCCUGACCCAGAGAGGACAAAAGCUGGUUGAGAAGCUUCACAUCCUGAAGGUGGAUCGCCAAGAGUUUGCCUGCAUCAAGUUUCUCAUCCUCUUUAAUCCAGAUGUGAAAGAGCUUGAAGAUCAUGGGUUAAUAAAAGGUGUGCAAGAACAGGUUGAAAGAGCCUUGCUGGAGUAUACACUAACCACCUCUUCACAGUACCUCAGCCGCUUCGUUGAUCUGUUGCUGUGUCUGUCUGAGUUACGGUCUCUCAGCACCCUCACGGAAGAUUACCUGAACUUCAAACACCUGAGUGGUGAGAUGCCAUGCAACAACCUGCUCAGUGAGAUGCUCAGUGCCAAGCAAGCAUGAAGACUUGUGUGCAGAUGAUAGCAUAUGUAAACAUUAAGCCGUGAUAAAUGUUUAAUAAAAAUAAUGCUCUUCA